UCUCCGUCUCGUUUGCUCGUUCGUCGGUCGUCGGCCGAAGUGCGAAUGAGACUCUAAAGCGAUAGCACCCGAGACACGAGUCGGUUGCUACUCUCUCUCACACACUUCAGUAUGCAUGUAGCACCAGUGCUGGUGGUAAUGCUACAAUAACACACACAGUUGGUCUCGCACAUAUUAUGAUUGUAUUGUUGCCUGUUUCGAUAUAACAUUUUUUUUUGUUUCUCUUCUAUCUCUCCGUUCUUCGGCCGGUCUCGUCUCUCAUUCCUUUUUCCUUUUGGUUUUAUUUUUUCUUCGCUGGAGCCUCUGUGUUCAUUUGGUUUGUUGUUGUAUUUUGUUCGAUCGCGUUCGUUAUUACCAUUCAAACAUCACCAAAUAUGUGAAAGACACAAAAAUUAUGUCUGUUAUUUUGUGUUUCUCUGUUCAUUUUUUCAAUGAGUCUCACUUGUUUGCUCGGUCGGUUGGUCGGUCUUUUCGGGUCGAUACAGGCACAUGCACUACACCGAAUACAUGUUGUGCAGCAGCACAGCAAACACUGUCUCUCUGUUCGUUUGUGCGCUGUGUGGUUUUUUUUUCUGCUUUCGCUUGUAUGUAUCCGUUUGGUUCAUAUGGCUCGAUAUUCUUGUAUUCAUUUUAUUCUCCAGUGUUCUCUUGUUGUGCCGAUCCGAUUCCAAUUCCAUUCGCCACUUGUUCUCUCAACUGCUGUGUACCAUUCAUAUAUGGUUUUUUUUUCUGUUGUAGUUUCAAGUAUGUGUAUUGAUAGGGUACUUUGAUGGUGUGUCGAGAGAGAGGCGCACAUACACCAUACAUACGAUACCAAUAUUAUUAUUUUUUCGCUUCUAUCUUGUCUUCCACUGUGUGUCUCUCUCAUAUAUUCCUUCUUUUAUACGCUCUGCAUCGAAAAUAUGUUCAGUUGUUUCCAUUUGGGUUUGAAUAUGUUUUCGUGGAUACCAAACAUACAGAGCGAACAAAGACAUAAACAAAAUACGGCUGCCGAAAAUGCCGAACGAAAUUGAGCUAACAACGCGAGUGCAAUGAUCAUCAUAAAAUUUCGACUUGGUCCACCGCAUUGUGUCUCUGUUUUGUUGAUGUGUUCUAUUUACUUGCUCGCUCACAUCUCUCUUACUCGACAAAGUUGAAAAAAAAAGAAGAAAUAUGUGAUUUGUUUUGUGCUUAAUAACCAAUUUUUGAUCCGCUUUUUCUCGUGUGUUUCGAUAAGUUUAGUGUUAAUUUUCGACUGUAUCUGGCAACAACAAGUGAAUAACCAACCAAAAAUAAUACAUUCAAAAUUACAAUCAAAGCCAAGUAAUCAACGCAUACGCAGCACACACCGCAGCUAAGAUGGACGUUAUAAAUUCAAAUUCGUCCGAUGGUAUCAAUAAGAAAAAACAUAAACGGCCACGAAUCAACGCAAAAAUCAAACAAUUCUCCAUGGAAAUAUACUUUAUGUGGUUUAGUGCGUUAAUCUUUUUUGCUGAAACAUUUGUUGAUUUCAUGCUAGUUUGUUAUUACUUCGUGAAGAAUGAAGUACUGUAUGGUGUCAUAACGUUGACGAUCAUCAUUGUCCCGUCCGUAUUAUGCCAAAUUUACUCGUUGUGGCUUCUACGAUCGGACACUACGGUCAGCGCCAGAGCAUUAAUGAUGCACAUUUUAUUGCUCGGCAUUCCAUAUCGAUACCAAAAUAUUCUACAUAAAAUCUCCCGCAAAGAUAAAUCGAUGGCCGAAGAUGAAGAGCACACCGUCGAAGUGAUUGUCGACCGUAUACGCGAUGUUAAUGCCAUACAAACCAUCAAUGCCAUAUUCCAAUACUGUCCGCAGUUCCUGUUCCAGUCAUUUCUCAUAGUCUAUCGACACUACAAAUAUCUUAUGACAGGUGUUUCAGCUGGUCUGGCUUGUUUUUCAUUCCUUUGGCACAUUUUUAUCCAUUUUUUCUACUUGAUUCGACGCUUUAAUGAGGAUUAUAAACUGAAUAUACAUUCCACCGGUGCGCCAACCCGAUCAACCACCCAUAUCAUUGAUAAUUUAUCGUCGUCACUCAAUUCGAAUUCUCAAGUUUUUCUGCCAAUUAGCAGUAUGGCGGAAUCGCAUGAACCAGCCACAGUUACUCCAAUCAUUGAUCUGCCAAAUGUGAUUGAUGCAUCCAAUUUACCCGAAGAUUUAAAGACAUUCGAAAAGGCGUCGUACAAGACCGACAUGAAAAAUUUCGUUGAAUCGAAAAAGCACGGCGCUAAAAAUGUGGAGAAAACAAAAAUAUUCGGAUUUAAUAAACGUCAACCGAUCUACGAACACGAGGAAUUUGACAUGAUGUGUGACACCAGCAACUUUUCAACGAUAUUUUUCGAGGUAAAUGAUAGUAAUUACAUGACUUCAAGUAAAUUGGAUAAUUCACGCAUUACAUCAUCCACCCAAACUGAACCGACCGAUACGAAAAUACGUGAUUUGUGCAAGUCCAUGGAUGAUCUGCAACAAUCGAGCCCAAAUAAAGCGGCUAUGUUCCAUAAACUCUCUUCGUCGACCGACAAUUUGAAGCAGAUCGAGUUGAAAGUUGAUUCAACCGACGAUAGUCCCAGCUGCUUGGACAGUAUGCAAAACAUAUCGGACAGUCGCAACAGUUUACUUAAACGCAAAGGCAUUUGUUCGUCACAGGAAAUGCUACACUUGGUUGAUAUCAUGAGCGACCACAUUCCGCCGGAACAAGUGGACGUAUUGGCCAAGAGUCUGAUUGAAUUGGGUGGCGCGGAAAGUUUACGAGCGGAAGCCGAACAAAAAUUACAAGAUCUCGAUCGUGUAUCGCUGCUCGAACGGCUACCGGAAAUUAUGGACGAUAAACUGCUCGAGAACAUUGAUGCCGCAAUCUAUGAGAAUCAAAUCAUUUUCCAAGAACGAAUCCGAAAAAAUCAAUUGACAAUACAAAAUUUGAAGCUACAAGAUCAAAUGCUGUCGAAAUACAUAGAAGAUUUUAAAUUGUUGCCCGGCAACGAUGGCAUGAGUGUGUGUGAUUAUGAAAACAUGUGUUUCGCAAAUAUUGCACAGCAAACACAUGGCAUUAAGCAUUGGCGAAACUAUCUGCAAGACAUGGACACGAACCAGCAUGACGAUUCAACCAUACAGCAUAGCAGUUUUUAUAUGCAUACAAACACUAUUUCCAAUUCAUUUACCGAUUUGUACAUCAAUGAAAAUGACUUUGGGUCGACGGCCAGUGGUCAGUUCAACGACAAAAAUGUCAGCACAUUAGUGAAUUACAGCUGUGAUGACGAGGGUGCGAGCGAGAAUUUUUACAUGAAUAUGACAAAAGGUAUACCAAAAUCAAACGAUGUAACCAAUUCAUCGUCACCAAUGCUACCAACGUAUAACCAAUGCCAAAAAAAUAUUUUGGUGCAAACCAUUAACAAAAUUAACAGCGUCGUCGAUUCACCCAUUAAAAUUCGGACGAAAUCAGAUGUGGCUUUAAAAAGCGAUUGAUUUGUUUUUUUUUUUUUCAUAAAGAGAAAAUUUAUAAGACUUGAUUUAAACUGAAGUUCCAUUUGGUUUCUUAAAAACAAAAACGAUAGCUUUUAAGAUUUUAUUCAUGUAUUUUCUACAACAUAAGAGAGAAAAGAGUGAGAAUUUAUUAAUUGUGCGAUAUUGUGUGGCACAAACAUGGUCAAUACUGUUACUGUAUUCGACCUUUUUGAAGCCAUUUUUAUUUUAGUACGUGCUGAAACGAAACGUGAUUGAAUAAAAACAGAAAAUUCCUUUUGAGCAUAUAGCAUGUAAUUUUGUAGCUUGUAAUGGCCAUAGAACUCUACAACUUUAUUUUUACUGAACAAAAAACAAAACAAAUGAAUAAAAUGAUAAAUUUGUCUUGUAAAUCGAACUAAAAAUAAA